UACUCGAUUAAAUGUUCCACAGAAAUGAAAAUUAUACCAAUCAAACAUCAAAUCUGGUAACUUCCGGCCUAAAUGUUACACCAAAAUAAUUCUUCAUUUUUGUUUUUCAAUAUCGUUUUAUGAUGAUUCAGGAAAGAAGAAACUAGUUAUUUAAUGAUGGCAAAUUCAGAAUCUGGUUUAGAUAACACUAUGGACAUUGUUAGAAAAUGUUUAGAUGACACAACUAACCUGGACCUCACUUUUAUGACAAAGUUUGUCCAUAAAUGUGUACAGGACGAUGAUCUCAGCAGGCUUAGAGAAGGGUUGAUGAAAAGACCAAAAGAGCAACGUAAGAAAAUCGUUGAUCAGAAAGUUUUUGGCAAUACACCAUUGUUUACAGCGUGCCACCGUGGUAAAGUUCAUUUUGUCAACUUCCUGUUGAAUGAAUGUGCUGCUGAUGUAGAGCUGAAAGGUAUAUAUGAAGUUGAGGAAGAUAGAUCAAAGCACCAAGUGACUCCAUUAUGGUGUGCUGCAGUCGCUAAUAAACUUGAAGUUGUCAAAUCUUUAGUUGAGCACGGAGCUGAUAUAAAUAGUCCGUCAGAUACAGAGUCGACACCAGUACGUUCAGCUUGUUAUAUGACAAACAUAUCUGUGAUAAAAUACUUAGUUAAUCAUGGUGCCGAUAUACAUAAACCAAAUUGUAACGGGGGCACUUGUUUGAUAAAUGCUGUGCAAGAUGCAGAACUGUGCAAGUUCUUGAUCAAUCAAGGAGCUAGUGUGAAUGCCAUGGAUAAUUCAGGAAAUUUAGCGCUUCAUUAUGCAAUACGCGAAGGAAUGGUCGAUACUGUAAAGCUUCUUUUACAACAUAACUCUGAUUUUAAAGUGAAAAACGACUGGGGCGAUGACGCGCUUCAAACUGCUGCAUUACGAGGCAGUCAGAAUAUUGUAGAAAUAAUUCUGGACUUGACACCACAAACAACAGCAGACGCUAUACGAGCAUAUGAACUUUUAGGAACAAAUUUUGUUGAUGAGAAAAAUGACAUGGUUGCUGCAUUAACUGUUUGGAAGAAGGCGAUGAGUCUAAGAUAUUUGUAUGUCAGGGAACCUAUUAUGAAAGAAGUACAGGAGAAAAAGUCAGUCUAUAGGAAUUUUACUGAACCACAGACUGUUGAAGAACUAAACAAUGUAUAUGACCCAGAAGAAAUUCAUAUGCUGGCCUUGUUAAUGAGGGAAAGGAUUCUCGGACCUCAGCAUAAAGAUACCACAUUUGGGUUAAUGUAUAGAGGUGCCGUAUAUGCCGAUUCACACAACUUCCAGCGAUGCGUUGAUCUGUGGAAAUACGCUUACUGUCUCCGAUACCAAAAGACAGAACCCCUUAACCAGGAAUGUCUGUUUACAAUUCAAGCCCUUGUAAAGCUUUUCUGGGAGAUACAAACAGAUGUGGAAUCCGGUGCUACAGAUGACUUUAUUCAACAAGAGGAUGUUAUGCAAGUUUUUGACAUCUUGUCUAAUCAGAUAAUAGCUGGUAAAGAUUCGGUUGAGGUUGAGAUGAGGGAGAAAGGUGAUGAUGUAAGUGUACAGGAGAAAGUGUCUGAUAUACAGUUACUGAUGCAGCUAUAUCUACAUAUGAUACAUUUAUUCUCAAGGUCGGAGUGUUCCGAGGUAAAUAAGGAAAAGUUCAUGAAGCUUGUACAUAAAGUUUUAACAAAAAAUCCCCGCGGAAGUCAUGGUGAAAGUUUACUACAUUUAGCUGUUGAUCCAAAAAUAUCAUUAACAAGUGAAGAGUUUUACUCGCCAUUCCCAUCAUUACAAGUGAUUCAGAUUCUAGUGAGCUGUGGUGCGGACUUGAAAUCUCAAAGUAAAGAUGGUAGCACACCGCUUCUUACCGCUGUGAAAGUGUUGAAUUACUCGGACGCUACUGAGGAAAGUAUAAUAAAAUUCCUCUUACAAGCCGGCUCUCAUAUAGAUGUAUUGAACAUUGCCGGGGAGAGUCCACUUUCACUUAUGGAGAAUCAAGGACUACCAUUUUUUCCAUUGAACUAUAUAAACUUGAGAUGUUUGUCUUCUAGGGUAAUUACGAAGAAUGACAUACCCUAUAGAAAUGAAAUUCCACAAGCUCUUGUGGCAUUUGUAGAAAUGCACGGAAAAUGUAAACAAAAGUCUUAAUGUCAAAUGUAUUAGGCCAACUGUAAAUUAAUUUAAUAUGAGGAUCAAAACAAGGGCUGUGAUGAUGAUGUUUUUAUAUUAUAUGGUAUGAAUUGACAUU